GCUAAGCUGCCUCGACUUAUCCUUCAGUGUUCUUCCGGUCUGAAUCUCUUCAAAGACCCUGCCGAAUUGGAGCUAGCCACUAUAAUACGGCCGUUGGUACAGUCUCGACUGCCCGCUCAGCCUGUUGAUGGCAAGCCUACUGUAGAGCUGGACGGCUAUUCGAGCAGUCUUCACUCCGUCUCCGAUGCCAACGGCCCCAGUAACCCCGACCCCGUGGAUACCAUGUAUCUGGAGCACUGGCUAUGUCAUCUAUGUCCGAGUCCUGAGAAGAAGCUGCUUCACCGCAAGACCCUCUGGCCCACAGUCAAGGUGAUGUAUUGGUUCAAGUGCUGGGGUUCCCAGCUUGCUAGGACCUUACCACUGUACCAUACGGGACUCCAACACACCACAGGGUCUUCAUGCGGCCUUGCGCGCGGCCUAUCAUUACCGACAGUUUGA